AUGAGUAAAGCACACAUCAGCGAAGUUUGGACUUAUUUUACAAUAUAUGAUGCUGAAAAUGUUAAUUGCAAGUUGUUUGAUAAAAAGUACUCGCGCAAAGGCAGGACCACUAGUGCUAUGAGAAAUCACCUGGAAGCUAAACACAAAAAAGAAUAUGAAGAAUUGAAGAAAAGAGAACAUGAAAAGCAAGAUGCUGCUAAAAUUAAUUCUUUGGCGUCUUCUUCGCGACAAUGUACCAAAACUGACCUUAAGCAAAUGUCUUUGAGUGAUUGUGUUGAAAAAAAUAAAAAGUGGGAUAACAACAACACCAAGUCUUUGGUGCUGGAUAAUUUGAUUGGCGAAAUGAUCGCACUGGAGGACUUACCAUUUAGUUUUGUGAAAUGUCUUGGAUUUGUGAGAUUGAUUAACCAAGUAUGCCCUUCAUAUAAUUUAAAAAGUCGGCAAUAUUUUACUUCCUUCAUUUGUGAGAAAUUAUACGGCAAGGUAAAAGAUAAAAUUCUGGAAUUAAUCAAAUCAUUUGAAAAAUUAGCAUUAACAACUGAUAUAUGGUCUGACUCUUGCUCUGGAGUGUCGCUGAUAAGUUUCACUUGUCACGGAAUUACCAAUAAUUUUGAACGAAAAAUGAUUAUAUUGAAAGCAGAAGUAUUCAAUGAUGGGCGACAUAUAGGAGAAAAUAUAGCGGCAAAGUUAGAAACUAUGUUGUCAUCAUGGGAAAUUCCCAAAGAAAACGUAUUAUGUAUUGUUAGAGAUGGUGGCACUAACAUGAAAAAAGGUAUUUCUUUAUUAAGUAUUAAAAACAUUGAUUGUUUAUCGCACCAAAUCCAACUUUUUGUUAAAGAAGGGCUUAAGUCACAAGAAUCUAUCAUUGCAGCCAUUAACAAAUGUAAAAAGAUAGCAACACAUUUUCACCACUCUAAUGUAGCUCAAGAUGAACUUGUUAAUCUACAAGAAAAGCUUAAUCAACCAAAGCUCAAGAUAAUCCAAGAGUGUGUUACGAGGUGGUAUAGCAACCUGGUAUAG